AACAUCCACAGAUGGUGCUGAGUAGAGCGAGCAGCAGGCGCAAUACGAGAUCAAGUGUGGUAGUGUGUGUUUGUUUGUGUGACUCAGAGAAACAGAGGGGAAGAGACUCAGUGGAUAACCACUGUAUUGGGAAGCCAGCAGGGUAAUCUGUUGGGACACAGAGGAGGAAUUAGGAGUGUUUGCUCAGAGGAGUUGCAGGAAAAGUCUUGAGAGAAGGAGUGAGUGUUGGAGGAAGGUUAAAGGGACUGAGAGAAGCCCCCCUUACCUUCCCCAGAGAGCAGGAGGUAAACCGCCGGUAAGCAAAUAUUAAUGAUCUAACAGGAAAGCACACAUCUCGUGUUGAUCACAACCCUUACCCUGGAGCGGCGCGCGAGAGGAGCCCCCGGAUACGUAUGCACACUCAGCCACGCGCGUUUUCCACUCACUCCUGGUCAUCACUCCCGCCAUACACAAACACAAGGGGCCACGCUGACACAGCCAGAGGAGCGGAGGAGAGACGAAGAGGACACUUGAACUGUUUGUGGUCCGUUUUUAAAUAGAAGGCAUCACUGGAAUUUUUUUUCUUUUUUUGUGCCCUGAAAGUCCUACUUCUGAGCUGACCUCUCAAGCCCUCCCCUCCUCAAGGAGCCAAGAUGAGCUGCAGGAAAAGGUGCAAGCGAGAGAUCUUCAAGUUCGCACAGUACCUGUUCAGACUCAUCACGGGCACGCUGAACACCGACAGCGUUGAAGAUGAGCUUGAACUGUCUGCAGUCCGCCAUCGCCCCGAGGGCCUGGAACAGCUUGAAGCCCAGACACGUUUCUCCCGAAAGGAGCUACAGAUCCUUUACCGCGGAUUCAAGAACGAAUGCCCCAGUGGAGUCGUCAACGAAGAAACUUUCAAAGACAUCUACUCACAGUUCUUCCCGCAAGGAGAUGCUUCCACAUAUGCACAUUUCCUGUUCAAUGCAUUUGACACGGAUCACAAUGGCUCCAUAAGUUUUGAGGAUUUUGUGAUGGGCCUUUCUAUCCUUUUGCGAGGCACGGUCCAGGAAAAGCUCAACUGGGCUUUCAACCUUUACGAUAUCAAUAAAGACGGCUAUAUCACUAAAGAGGAAAUGCUGGACAUCAUGAAGGCCAUCUACGACAUGAUGGGAAAAUGCACGUACCCUGUCCUCAAAGACGAGGCACCACGUCAGCACGUAGAAGUGUUCUUUCAGAAGAUGGAUAAGAAUAAGGACGGAGUCGUAACCAUAGACGAGUUCAUCGACUGCUGCCAAAAUGAUGAAAACAUCAUGAGAUCAAUGCACCUCUUUGAAAAUGUUCUUUAACUUUUGGCUGAUUGUGGAGGCGUCGGGAAAAGGACAUCAUCUUAGGCUUGGCCGGAUAACUGACUGGGACUCUUACUGUGUACAGUGUGCUAUGCAGACUUUUGAAUAUAGAUACAAUACUGGUCAUUACUGUGGGCCACAGGUGGGAGGGGGCAAUGUGGUGUGAACACUCUGGAAUUAUGCGCCUUUUUAACAUUAUAUUAACUAAGUUAGACAAUUGUAUGAGCGAAAAAAUGAAUAGAAAGGACAAAAAAAAUGCAACUAUGGUUGAAUUUUUCCAAAAAACUAACAUACUUCAAGGUUUAUUUCCACCAUCUGUCUCUGUAGUGUCUUUCUAUUUGCUGCACACCAGGUCCUGUAAACUGUGUUCGCCUUCCAUCAUCUAAAACCACCGGGAGUAGGAGAUUUGCGAUGAAAGGGUUCAGACAGGUUUUUCUUCUGUCUCUGUUGCAGCUGACUUGUUUCAUGUACUGCCAAGUGGAAUCACUGUGACUUUCUACAGUAUCACAAAAACAAAAAAUGAACAGGAUACCUGAGGGGACUUCAUAUCCGUCUAUGUUUUUACAUUGCAGGCCGGCUCCCGAUUCCAGUGCGCUCACCCCGGCUUGGUUUACCAGUGUGGUUUGUCUUUUUGCUCUUUGAAGGAAGCAUUUAGAGAAAAAGUAAAACACACACACACACACACACACACACACACACACACUGUACCAUUUUAAAUUGUAUAUACUAUAGGUGAAGCGAUUUAUGAGAACUCUAUGAGAAACGAUUCAACUUGGUUCAUGUUUACUUGCCAACUAGAAUGAGACACCACAAGGAUAUCGAUGUCAAAACCUGACCAUAAUGCGGCUGGUUUGUCUACAGAAGCACACAGGUAGCUACAUUUACCGCGGGUACACAACAUUCGGCGUCAUCUUCGUUAACGAAAUAAAAGCUGCUUUCCGUGUAUUUCAUUUAACCCUAUGUUAUGUAUAUUAUGUGCAAAGUUAAUCAUCUAUCAGUAUGUUGUGGAGUUUACACUCAGAGCAGUGUCGGAGGUUAUUUAUAUGGUAUUAUGGUCGUUUUAUAAAACAGUGUCAGUUGUACAGUAUUAAAAUGAAAACUCGCUCUCAGCUGAAUUUCCGGACUUAAUAUGUGUUCGUGUAAUUCACUGUUUUUAAUAAGAGAGGGCAGUGGGGUGAGGUUGUUGGUACAAACUUUGUAUUAUACAAUUUUUGUGGGGGUUGUAAGCUCAUAUGUUCCCUGCUGUUUCCCUUUCCCUCGUCCUGUGGCCUCAACUCCACGUGCCCACAUCCGUUCAGCCUGUUUGGGGUCUGCUGUCUUUGAUUAAAGCAUCGAUUAGCCCCAACCGUGAGCAAACACACAGCACGCUGGGUAGAAGCCACACUCACUGACUGCGUCUCGCUCAUUGGAAACUACUGGAUGACUGACAGAAGUGUCUGAACAUUGUGUAAGUAAGUUACUGAAUGUUUCAGCUUUUUUUUUUUGAGGGGUGGUGGGGGUGUUGGAUAUAGGAAGUAUCCAUCGAAGACGCCGCAAAUCUGACUUAUACUUGAUAAUCGGUUUAUAUGUUGUGAAUAUUUCGAUGCAUUUGACAGUUUAUCAUGUUGUUUGUUUCCAUUCAGUGUUAUUACAGAAUAUCACAACACUGGUUUACUGGAAAUUGCAGUCACAAACCCCAAAUAUAUAGAUAUCUAUAUCUAUCUACAGAUAUAGAUAUCUAUUUCUAUCGAUAUAUAUAUAUAUAUAUAUAUAUCCUCAGUGAGGCAUGUUGGUCAUUCAAUAAUUUAGUGAAGUUGUAUUCUUUUUACUCAUGUUACUGGGGAUGAUGUGUAUAUUUCCAUAACGAAAAAACAAACAUCAAACCUGACUUAUUUGUUUUUGUACCUGUGUUUGUGAGCCUUGCUGUUUGUAAAACUAUGUUCAUGUUUGGUUGACAACUUGGUUUUUAUCGUCAGUAUGUUUAUGAAAAAGAAACUAUAGAAUUAGGGAAAACAAGUCCCCCAUGACAACUUAGUUUUGAACAUCCCAGCGGAUGCAGAGACUAUUUUCUGAAAAUAUGAAGUCAUUUUUAUGUUCCUUCUGUAAAUAAUUAUCCAAAGCAUCAGAGUCGCUGAUCUCUCAUAAGAAUGAAAAAAUAAAAUGGCCACCACACAAAAAGUGUUAUCUUUGAGGGAGAAUAUUUUAUAGGACUGUGACGGUCUAUACACAAUAUUGGUUUUCAUCAAACCAAUACUGCAAUGCACAAUGAACCAAAUGUUUUCAUAUGAAUGGGCAAAGUAAAACAUAUGUUAUACUAUACAUCACAAUACUACUCUUAUCCAGCCACUGUUUUCCCUUAGCUGUACAUUUCAUAAAAUAGUGUAUGUUGAAUUAGUUUAAAAUGAUUUCCAUCAUGAGAUUUCUGUUUCUGACUAGAUUCAGACAUUUUUUUUAAUCAAAUUAAAUUUGUGAAGUUAAAAGUAUCUAUGAAGAUAAAAAUCAUUAUCCAGCGAAAGCAAGGCAUGUUGAGGAUGAAAAAGGCUUAAUGCUUAAUUGUGUCUGAAGAACAGUCAUCUGACGCCCCCUCAUGGUCACAAGAAGAUAACACAAUCGGCAAAAUCCUUUUUUCAACCUGGACUGGAUUAAAGAACAGACAAAACAAUAAAUUCUAGAUCUACAGAAGUGUUAUGUAUGUUUGCUGAAUUAAAAAUUAAAGCGUAAAAGGGGCAAAGCAAAUAUCCAUUUUAUCUUUAACAAAGUAUUUUAUGUAGAUACAAAAAAAUAUUUUCUUAAUAUGUACAAAAAUGGACUUAAAUUUGAACUCCAAGGCUAUUGCAGUAUUCUUAAAACAAGACAAGAUACACUGGAACUUAUAAAAAUACUGUAAUGUAUCUGUAAUGCUAAUAUAAAUGUAACAGAACUGAAUGUGAAUGCUUGCAGUGCUUGCUUAAGUAAAGAUAUGAAUCUCAA